AUGUCUCUCUUCUUCCGUCGCGGUCUUGCCACCUCUUCAGCGUCUUCCUUAAAGAAGGCUUCUAAGGUGGUCUGUAUUGGCAGAAACUAUGCAGACCACAUCACGGAACUGAAAAGCGCCCGUCCCAAACAGCCAUUCUUCUUCAUCAAGCCUCCAAGUUCCAUCCUUCCUCCUGGCGCUGGCCCAAUCAUCAGACCCCGAGGUGUGGACUUGCACUAUGAGGUCGAGCUGGCUCUGAUCAUGGGCAAGCAGGUCAAGGACUUGGAGCCCGGUGACUUGAAAGGCGCUCUAGAUUCCAUCGAGAGCUACGCGAUGAGCAUCGACAUGACGGCCCGCAACGUCCAAAACGAAGCUAAGAAGAAGGGUCUCCCCUGGUCCAUAGCAAAGGGCUUCGACACCUUCCUCCCCAUCUCCAACAUCAUCCCCAAAUCCGCCAUCCCCGACCCCCACAAAGUCGAUCUCUACCUCGAGGUUAACGGAGAGAGCAAGCAGGCAGACUCCACGGAAUUGAUGCUGUUCCAGAUCCCGAGGAUACUGAGUGAUAUCUCGAAAGUCAUGACGCUCGAGAAGGGAGAUAUUGUACUGACGGGGACGCCGAAGGGCGUGGGGAGUGUGAAGCCGGGGGAUGUGUUGAGGGCUGGUCUCAGGAUUGGGGGGAAGGAGGUCGAGGAGGGGAGGAUCGAGGUUUUGGUUGAAGAGUCUACAAGCUCAUACGAGUUUAAAGAGACGUAG